GGGACUCGGCGUUCGCGCCCAGGGCUUCUGCUGGGUUUGCGGAGCAGCUACUCGGCGGGAUCUCCCGGCAGGAUGGGUAAAAAGAUAAAGAAGGAAGUAGAGCCUCCUCCUAAGGAUGUGUUUGAUCCAUUAAUGAUUGAAAGCAAAAAAGCAGCCACUGUGGUGUUAAUGCUUCGUUCUCCAGAAGAGGACAUUUUGGCUAAAGCAUGUGAAGCCAUUUAUAAAUUUGCUUUAAAAGGUGAGGAAAAUAAAACAACCCUCCUUGAACUUGGAGCUGUGGAACCUUUAACUAAGCUACUCAACCACGAAGAUAAAAUUGUAAGAAGAAAUGCUACUAUGAUAUUUGGAAUCCUGGCUUCUAAUAAUGAUGUUAAAAAAUUGUUAAGGGAGUUAGAUGUCAUGAAUUCUGUCAUUGCCCAGCUCGCUCCAGAAGAAGAAGUAGUUAUCCAUGAGUUUGCUAGUCUUUGUCUAGCAAACAUGUCUGCAGAAUACACCAGUAAAGUGCAAAUAUUUGAACAUGGGGGAUUAGAGCCACUCAUCAGACUACUGAGUAGCCCAGACCCAGAUGUAAAGAAGAAUUCUAUGGAAUGCAUUUACAACUUGGUGCAGGAUUUUCAGUGUCGAACUACACUUCAAGAACUAAAUGCAAUACCUCCUAUCUUAGAUCUCUUGAAGUCAGAAUAUCCAGUGAUUCAGUUGCUGGCUCUCAAAACCUUAGGUGUUAUUACAAAUGAUAAGGAGUCUCGAACAAUGCUAAGAGACAAUCAAGGAUUGGACCAUCUUAUUAAGAUCCUAGAAACUAAGGAAUUGAAUGACCUUCAUAUAGAAGCACUUGCAGUGAUAGCCAAUUGCCUUGAAGACAUGGAUACUAUGGUGCAGAUUCAGCAGACAGGGGGUCUUAAAAAGCUCCUGUCAUUUGCAGAAAACUCUACAAUUCCUGAUAUUCAGAAGAAUGCGGCAAAAGCCAUUACUAAAGCAGCUUAUGAUCCUGAAAAUAGAAAACUUUUUCACGAACAAGAGGUUGAAAAGUGCCUUGUAGCCCUUUUGGGUUCGGAAAAUGAUGGAACUAAAAUUGCUGCUUCCCAAGCUAUUUCAGCAAUGUGUGAGAAUUCAGGCAGCAAAGAUUUUUUCAAUAAUCAGGGGAUUCCACAGUUAAUUCAGUUGCUAAAAAGUGACAAUGAAGAGGUACGGGAAGCGGCAGCUCUAGCCCUGGCAAACCUAACCACUUGCAACCCUGCUAAUGCAAACGCUGCUGCUGAAGCUGAUGGUAUUGAUCCAUUAAUAAACGUCCUGUCUAGUAAACGAGAUGGAGCCAUUGCCAACGCUGCUACAGUAUUAACGAACAUGGCCAUGCAGGAGCCCCUGCGCCUGAACAUACAGAAUCACGACAUCAUGCAUGCCAUCAUCAGCCCACUGCGUUCUGCAAACACAGUCGUGCAGAGCAAAGCUGCUCUCGCUGUCGCCGCAACUGCGUGUGACGUUGAGGCCCGGACAGAGUUAAGAAAUUCUGGUGGGUUGGAGCCCCUGGUAGAGCUGCUACGAUCCAAGAAUGAUGAAGUGAGGAAGCACGCCAGUUGGGCAGUGAUGGUCUGUGCUGGUGACGAGCUGACGGCCAAUGAAUUAUGCAGGCUCGGGGCUUUAGAUAUCCUCGAAGAAGUUAACCUAUCAGGAACUCGGAAAAAUAAAUUCAGUGAGGCAGCUUAUAAUAAGUUGCUCAACAACAAUCUUUCCCUGAAAUACAGCCAGACUGGCUAUUUGUCAUCAAGUAACAUAAUUAACGAUGGAUUCUAUGAUUAUGGUCGGAUAAAUCCUGGCACCAAACUGUUGCCUUUGAAGGAGCUCUGCUUACAAGAACCAAGUGACCUACGGGCUGUACUCUUAAUCAACAGUAAAUCUGAUGUUUCUCCACCUUCAUCUAUGGAAGAUAAAUCAGAUGUUGGUUAUGGACGAAGUAUUUCUUCUUCAUCUUCCUUAAGAAGAUCAAGUAAAGAAAAGACCAAUGCUGGAUUUGGAUCUCCCAUAGAAGACAAAUCGGAGCCAACUUCUGGACGAAAUACUGUUCUCAGCAAAAGCGCCACCAAAGAAAAAGGAUGGAGGAAAGGCAGAGGAAAAAAAGAAGAGGAAAAAGUGAAAGAGGAGGAAGAGGUUAUGGCGGUACCAAAAUUUGUGGGUGAAGGAAGCUCUGACAAAGAAUGGUGUCCUCCCUCUGACCCUGAUUUCUCUAUGUACGUGUAUGAGGUUACCAAAUCAAUACUGCCCAUAACCAAUAUUAAGGAACAGAUUGAGGUUCUUGCAAAGUAUGUGGCAGAAAAAAUGGGUGGUAAGAUUACAAAAGAGAAAAUACCUGAUUUCAGCUGGGAACUUCACAUAAGUGAACUAAAAUUUCAACUUAAAUCCAAUGUCAUACCGAUUGGAUAUGUCAAAAAAGGAAUCUUCUACCAUCGAGCUUUGCUUUUCAAGGCUCUGGCAGAUAGAAUUGGCAUUGGUUGCUCCCUCGUUCGCGGAGAGUACGGUAGAGCGUGGAAUGAAGUCAUGCUGCAGAAUGAAUCUCGGAAGGGAGUGCUUGGGGGCCUCCCUGCUCCUGAGGUGUACGUGGUUGACCUCAUGUUCCAUCCAGGUGGACUGAUGAAGUUGAGAAGUCGAGAGGCUGAUCUUUACAGAUUCCUUUAAGUCAUCAGACGAAUACAAGAGAGGCUCACACAAGAAAUUCACUGUGUACACUCUCUAAGACAUUCUCCAAAUUGAUUUUAUCUCUUUAAAUAAAAACUUUAAAUAAAAGCAUUAGAAAUGUUUUCUCUGCAUAGAAAUUAGGAAACUUAGAGUCAACUUUGCUGUGCUUCUGAUUUCAGCCUUUUGGCAAGAGUUCUGUCUUAUUAGGUCAUUUGCUGCUCACUGACCCUCACAUAAAGCCGAUUGUUGUUGAAAUUCAUCCAACCCACUGUGUCCUGAGGAGCACCUCUGUCACUUGGGGAUCACAUGUAGCGCUCAGCUGCUGCACCCAGGACAACACUGUGGCUCAUGAUUGUCAUCCUUUGUGCCCAGAAUGCUUCAGGCACGCUCAGUUAAGCAAACUAAGUGACUUUUUAGUAUUCGCAGUCACCUUGUCUCAGUUUCAUUUAAGAUUUUGAUAGUUUAGAUAGAAUAAAUACAGAUGUUUGAGUAUUACAAAUUCUUUUCUAAACAUUUUUGUUUCCAUUAAAAACACUUUAAUAUAGUGAAUUAAAAAUAUUUCUAAAGUACAUUUCCAUAAAAUGUUUUUGUUUUCAUCUUGUCUGUGUUAGCUUGGAAACAUAACUUCAGCUAAAAACAAUUCUACUGUGCUCUUCCACAUUUUAAUGCUGGGCCAUCAAUAUAUUAUUUUCCAUUUAUAUAACUAAAAAAUUUUUAUUUUUUGGAAAACUUUGAAGCAUAAAGGUAGAGCAAUCUUUGCUGAGAAAUUGUGUUUUCAGUAUUGAGCACAAAAUGGGGAGUAAAUAUACAUUUCAAAUAAGACCAAAACUACUAAUGUGGUGAUCUCAUGAAGUAUGUAUUGCUUAGUCAUGCUUAAAGUCCAGUGUUGACCCAUAUAGUCAUUUUCCUAGAAGACAUUUUAAAGUGAAUUUGAUUUUAGAAAUUAAAGCUAAGAUCAUCUUGUAUUAAUUUGUAAUUUCAAAGAAUAUAAUUCUUUAUUUCAGAAUAAAUUUCUUUAUUUCAAAUGG